AUGGCGGACCACACAUACACCUUUGCAUGCAUAUACAGCCCCGAUAUAGCCAGCCUAGAUAAAUUCAGAGAGGGCCUCCUGCCGCUAGCAGGGGACCUAAACAUCCCACUAGACCCACACCUAGACACAUCAUGGGGCACAAGCACUAUGCCGGCGCACUGCAUCGGCACGGCCCUACGAUCCCUGGGCAGGCUGGGGCUGGUGGAUUACUCAGCCGUGCAUGGGCAGUACAGUCGCAUAGACCUUGUAUUUAUGUCACAGGAAUGCCUAACACUACUCCACGACGCAAACAUAGGGAUCAUACACCACUCAGACCAUGUACCAGUCACAGUAUGCACAAACUCCCCCCUGUUCAAACCGAAAGAACGUCAAUGGAAGCUCAAUGACCUAGUGGCCCGCUCCACCACCACCCAGACCCUCACCCAUUACUUCGAUACCAAUAACACACCGGACAUAUCCCCACUGACUUUAUGA